UCCCCUUGCGCUGCCUGUCGAUCUCGGCCCCCGCUGCCCUCGCGGAGGUUCCCGGAAGAGGAGGAGGCUCAGGCUGUCGUCUCCAAGGGCGCGGAGGCGCUGCGGUCCACAUGGAACCCAACCUGUGCUUCGGGAUUUCCGAACGUCAAUCCUUUUUUCGAAGAUUUCUUCAGUGGAUGGAUUUAUUAGAUCCUGUAAAUCUAUUCAUUUCAACUGGAAUCAUAGAAAAAUCACGACAGCUGUUGUUUACCACUGAAGAUGCCUCCAAGCACUACUGGGAUGACCAAAGGAUUAAAGAUGCAUGGAAUAGGAGUCUUUCAACUGUGCACCCUGACAGCAGCAAGCUGAUCCCUACUUUUUUCCGACCUGCAGCUUUCCUGCCUUUGACAGCACCCAUGGUGGUUCUAUUGCUGAUGCCAGCCACUGGAAUAAAGUCCAUCGCUUCAACUCAGGCUUGCUUUUACGCAUACACCACGCCCUUUAACAUCAUCAAUGGAAAUGCCAGUUAUAGCCAUGGACCAGUAGAGAGAACGUUGUUGGGAGCAGGGGUGUUUGUGUCUUCAACCUUCUUUGGAUUAAUCCCUCAUCUCUUUGAAAUGAAGUAUCCUCUGAAUAACUUUUGGCUUAGGAAAACCUUGCCAGCCUUCCUUCUUGCCCAAAUCAGCGCAAUGAAUGUUUUUGCGUCCCGAAGUUUUGAGAUUCAUCGAGGAAUUGAGGUGAUGGACAAGGAAGGCCAUGUUGUUGGCUAUUCCAGAAAAGCUGGGAGAAAGGCUAUGAGAGAAACAGCAUUCUCCAGGGCAGUGCUGUUUGGGACUGUGGGCUUGCUCCCUGAGGUCUUUAUCCACUUCUUUAAAAGGACCCAGUUUGCCCCGAAAAGUACGUUUUCGUUAGUGGUAAUGAGACUGGGCUGUACCCUCUUUAUGAUGGGACUGAUGGUACCAGUGUCCUUCAGCAUGUUUCCACAAAUUGGACAGAUCCAGUGCAGUCAGCUUGAAGAGAAGAUUCAAUCUUCUACAGAAGAAAAAGAACUCUUCUAUAACAGAGGGGUCUAGGGAGGGUUGGAAAUCUUUGGCCCCUCAAGGUUGCUUCAGAGAACACUGCCAUGGUCCGCAGGGUUCCCAGCAACAUCUGUGCAGCAAGCUGGCUUCAAAGCCCACUGCACCUGGGCUUUUGAAGUCUUACUGAAAGACAACCACCACGCAGGAGACUGCUGAAUGCACAGUGGAUUCAGUAAGAAUCGGCCCGGGAAAGGAUAGUGUGAACCUGUGAAUAAACUUGUUUGAAGUUGAGUACUUGAAAAGUAGUCAAAGGUACACCUUGUCUGGGAUAGAAACACUAUACUGAUAGCCUCCAGACAGACACAAAGCUCUGCUGAGCUCAUUAAGGCCUCUGGUCCCUAACGUAAUCCUGUAUCCCUACUUAUUUCAUCUGAUCCAUACUGCAAGUAUUCUGUCUGCUUCCCUG